CUCUCACUCUGCGUCCGUGCGUGCGUGCUUGCGUGCAUGUGUCAACUAGUUGUUAGCAGAGCUAGCUACCCAGUGAGCUAGCUCGUUGAAACAUUUUUUUGUUUUUGUUUAGUUUUUUUUUUUUUUUUUUUUUACAUAGAGUCCGUUUAUACCAAGAAACAUUUGUUGUUCAUCAUGAGAGCGGACCACGGCUCCCCAUACAUGAUGUUUGUCACCCAGUAAUGCCAAAGAGGAGCACGGCCUCUCGGGAAAAAAAUGAUAAGUUAGCUAACGCCAGCAAAAAGUGAAGCUACAGUUUUUUAACAGCCGAUUUCCUUCCUAGCUAGCAUCCUGAGACGGAAAGCUCUGAGAUUUUGCAUGAACUGGAUGCGGAAGGAGGAUAUGAGGCAACCUGGACAGCUAAUGCUAACUAUGAGCUAUGCUGGGAUCCAAAAUCGGAGAACAUCUCACUAUGAGCGCUUGUUUGUGCAGUCAUUGGGUUACCAGUGUGUCAAAAAGUCACUCUGCUGAUUACCCACCCAGGAUUAGGCUAGAGUGUGGCAACGCUGGUGCAGGGAGGGAGUUUAUACUGGCACAAGAAUAUGCAAGGACUCUUUAUCUCAGCUGAAGUGUAUGCAUACAUCUAAGACACAAAACUGUUGUGCUUGAUGAAACAGUCUUGGUCAACCUGCCAUGCCCCAUGGACGUGCCAUCGUAGACACAAGAUACCGUGGCUCAAACUGCUGCACAGUUUUUUGAGCUACAGCCUUGGGGGAAGCGUUUCAACUUUUAGUUGAACCUGAAGGUGGAGAUGGGUUCCCAAGCUCUUCAGAUACUGCGGCAGGGCGUGUGGGCUUCGCUCACAGGAGGGUGGUAUGUGGAUCCCCACCAGAGCACAUUCUCCAACUGCUUCCACCUCUACCUUUGGAUAUUUCUCCUGGCCUUCCCCUUUCUUCUGUACAUGGCUCUUCCUCCAAGCUUGGUGGUGGCAGGUGUGUACUCUGCUGUGGUUGCUGUAUUUUUUACUGCCAUUAAAGUGGUAAACUACCGACUUCAUGCAAUGUUCGACCUUGGGGAGAUUGUAGAGAAAAAGCAGGCCUCACUAACAGCUGAAGCGCCAAGGACAGAAGAAGGAGAAGAGGGGUCAGGUGCUCAUGAGGGGAAUCAGCACAGGGAUAGUCAUGUUGGUGUAGAGAUGACUGUGUUUCGGAAAGUCAACUCAACACCCCCAGUGCGGUGCAGCUCCCAGCACUCUCUGUUUGGAUUAAACCAAGUGUCGGAAUUCUUGCCUCAGUUGGAGGAUUCAGGGGGCACUAAGGAUAUCAAAGAGUUAAUGCGGGAACAAGGAAGCAAUAAUGUGAUUGUCACGUCAGCUCAACGUGAGAUCCUACGUCAGAGUUCCCAGGACCCCAUUAGGGCUCCGAAUGGGGUCUCAUCCUGCUUUGCUGCCGCUCUUGGAGGUGAGUUCCAAGGUCUUGUAGGAGUAUCUGGAGUGUCAGCUGGAUUUGAAGAACCUGGAGCCUUGUCUAUCCCCCCUUCACCCUCGAGUCAAGAAGAUGGAGGCGAGAAAGAACACUUGCAAGAAGUGGAGAUGUUAACAGAACAGUUGUCUCAUCAGAGUCCCAAGGACAGUGAUUUGGGGGCUUACUCUCCCCUUGGCCCCUCUGCUGAAUCUGAGAGUUUGGGAGAUACUCCCCUAAGCCCUCUUAUAAAGAGUAGUUUAAGUGAAGAACUCAGUGAAAAUCUGCUGGGUUUAGGCCUUGACCCUGUGGCUUUUGCUCCUGGGACUGAGCACCCCGGCAGCCGCAGCGGAGUAGCACUAGCUGCUGGAUCAACAGACAGUUGUUUCAGUGCUGGUGGAGCUACCACAGACCGUGAGACGCUAAGCACUGUUAGCAGUUACCGCAGUGAAAAAACUGAUUCAACUCAGCUGGAAAGUCCUUCAUUCAGCCAGUCGCGGCCUGCAGAUGGACAGGUUUCUGCCUCAGCACCAGCGAUAGGGUCUGACAUCCACAAGCCCACAGAGGAUCCAGCAGUGCAAGAUGGCAGUGAUACUGACAAUCUGUCAGACAGUGUGUUACUACGCUCCCCUUCCAAAGAAUUCUCCCUCAGCCAGGGGCUAGACCGGACACUUGUUGAAGGAGAGGAUCUGCCAUCUGUACCUUCUGAUAUUGCACAGCCCCCUCCUCUCCAGAACUCUUCCCCUUCAAGUAGUGGCCACUCAGAGGUUUGUGAAUUAGACAGGAAUGUCCCAGUUCCUCCUCUACCCCCACCUCGGCAGACCAAUUCAGUGCCCUCAGGGCUGGCCCUGGGUCUGGUGUGUUCUGAGCCUGCUUUGCCCAUAUCUUCUACCCCCUUCUUACUGUCUGAGCAGCCUGCUCUGCAGUCCCAGCAGGUUGUACGCCCUAAAGACUUAAAGCUGCUGCGGGCCAGCGGUGGUAGCAUGGGGCACAGGCCAGGCCGAAGGAAAGCUCCAAGAAGGCGAGCUGGAGCUGGCAGCAGUAGUUUUGACUGUGGCUCUUACAGGCGUCACCACAAUCAUAGACAACACAGAGAUUACAUACCAGUGCGCAAUCGACUUGGCACCAAGGCUUACAGUGAAAGUUUGUUUGAGGAUUCCAGUGACGAGGACGACGGAAGUGACAUGAGUGCAGGUUCUAGCCUGGGCUCUCAGCGCCGAUACAGCUCAGAUGAUGAUGACGAUGAUGAUGAUGACUCUAGUUCCUCUACCUCCUGCUACUCUCCAGACCUUGCUAACACUGGCAUUACAUCCACUCUUCCCCCUGCUGCUCAACUGCCUACUCCAAGGGAAGGGGAUUUACCCGAAACUGCUGGCCCCUCACAUCCUCGUGCUGCUCAACGCUCUUCUAGCACCGCUAGUGCUAAGACUCACGCAAGAGUGCUAAGUAUGGAUGGGGCAGGUGGAAGCCAGAGCAAUGCAGUGGCUCUGCCCUCUACUCUGCUUGCAAUGCCCUCCACCUCCACGCCUGCACCUCGCACUCUCACCAUCUCUAAGUCUGAUCUGGAAGCCCGGACUAUACACUCUGAUGGCUUUGCUGGAGCUCACCAUCAUCGCCUGGAUUCACUUGGAGGCUCUUGGACUGGCAACCAGAUGGGCUGGAGAACAGGAGAACUGGUUGAAGAGGGGGCUGUUGGAGGUGCCAUGGCCACGGAGGAAGGGGGCAAACACGAAUCAGUCAGCAGUGUAAAGAGGACCCAGGCCAUACGCAGGAGACACAAUGCUGGGAGCAACCCUACACCACCACCGUCUACCAUGGGAUCCCCUCCCAGUCUCCAGGACCUCCAGCGAGCUCGGACCUCCUCUCAUUCACGCACCCGUACACUUCCUUCAGCCUUACAGUUUGCUUCUUCACUUCUACUACCCCGCAGUGGCAUCCAUGAGGCUUCCACAUUUGACGACACAUCAGAAGGGGCAGUGCACUAUUUCUAUGAUGAGAGUGGAGUAAAGAGGUCCUACACAUUUGGACCUGCUGGAGGCGGCUAUGAGGACCCAGUUCAAGAAAGGGAGAGGCAGUCCCAAUCUUCAAGCUUCACAUCCACUGAGGUCCCGGAAGGGGCACCAGUCCUGUCCAUGCUACAGCCCAGACAAGGGGCUUUACAGGGGAUGCAGGUGCGCAGGGUGCCUCUGGAGAUGGCCGAGUUUGAUCUGGAUCACGAGUCUUUACAAGAGUCCCAAGAAAACACUUUGAUGAUUGAGGAGAAAGCCAAACCUAAACAGUACUAUCGCUUUUGGGUGCUGCCUGGAAAGUGGCUGAGAGUCCGAUAUGAUCGACUGGCUCUGCUUGCCUUAUUAGACAGGAACCGCCGUGUGGGAGAGAACGUGUUUGCUGUGGUGCUGGCCAGCCUGGUGGCAUUCCUGGGGUUCCUGCUGCUGCUCCAAGGCUUUUUCAGGGACAUUUGGGUCUUCCAGUUCUGCCUGGUCAUUGCUAGUUGCCAGUACUCCUUACUGAAGAGUGUACAGCCAGAUGCAGCCUCUCCCAUGCAUGGGCAUAACUGGAUCAUUGUGUACAGUCGGCCAGUCUACUUCUGCUUAUGCUGUGUGAUGAUCUGGAUCUUUGACUUAUCUGGGCGCUCUGGAAGUCUGCAGCCCUUCUCCCUCUAUGGCAUCAUCAUCUUCUCUGCGCAAUUCCUGCUCUGUGUCAGGGAUGUUCUCAUUGUGUUUGCCCUGUGUUUCCCAGUCAUUUUCCUGUUUGGGUUGCUACCUCAGGUCAACACUUUUGUGAUGUGUCUGCUGGAGCAGAUUGACAUGCACAUUUUUGGUGGAAGUGCCACUACCAGCCCCCUUUCAUCUCUGUACAGCCUCAUACGCAGUGUGCUGGUGGCUGCCCUGCUGUAUGGAUUUUGCCUUGGUGCCAUAAAUGCACCGUGGGGGGAUGCCCAUGUUCCAGUACUGUUCUCCGUGUUUUGUGGCCUACUCCUGGCCUUAUCCUACCACCUGAGCCGCCAAAGCAGCGAUCCUACCAUCCUGUGGUCACUGGUCCGGUCUAAAUUAUUCCCAGAACUGGAGAACCGAAAUCCAGAAGAACCCCCUGUGGAAAUCAAGGACCCUCUUCCCGAUAAGCUACGCAACUCUGUGAAAGAGAUUCUUCAUUCGGACCUCGUCAUCUGUCCCCUCAUGGCUGUGAUUACCUUUGCCAUCAGUGCCAGCACAGUUUUCAUCGCUCUUCAACCUGCUCUUAGCGUUGUCUUAUAUAUCCUGGCUGGAGUUGUUGGCUUCAUUACACACUAUCUCCUGCCUCAGCUCCGCAAACAGCUGCCGUGGUUCUGCCUGGCUCACCCUUUACUCCGCUCCAAAGAGUAUAGUCAGUUUGAGGUCCGAGAUAUGGGAUAUCUGCAGUUUGUGAAUUACUCCACAUUUGUAACAUAUUUUUGCUUUCUGUUUGACCCAGAUGCUGCUCAGUUGAUGUGGUUUGAGAAGCUGUACGCAUGGCUUCAGUGCGUGGAGAAAUAUUUUAUCUACCCAGCUGUAGUGCUGAACUCCCUAACCACCGAAGCUCGAACAGUGGGCCAGAAUCACAAAGAGCUGGACAUCUAUAGCCGAGCUCUCUUUAUCUCGGUAGCUGGAAUGAAGCUGCUGCGUUCGUCCUUCUGUACCCCAUCGCAGCAGUACGUCACACUGUGCUUCACCACACUCUUCUUCCACUACGACUAUCCACACUUCUCAGAGACCUUCUUAAUCGAUUACUACUUCAUGUCCAUUCUCUUCAGCAAGAUGUGGGACCUGCUGUACAAGCUGCGUUUCGUGUUGACCUACAUUGCCCCCUGGCAGAUCACUUGGGGUUCAGCCUUUCAUGCCUUUGCUCAGCCCUUUGCUGUGCCCCACUCUGCUGUUCUUUUUGUCCAAGCUGUCUUUUCUGCCAUCUUCUCCACACCUCUCAAUCCUGUCCUUGGCAGUGCUGUAUUUGUCACCUCAUACACCAGGCCCGUUAAAUUCUGGGAGCGCGACUACAACACCAAGAGGGUCGAUCAUUCCAACACUAGACUUGCCACCCAGUUAGACCGCAACCCAGGUGCCGAUGACAACAAUUUGAACUCUAUUUUCUACGAGCACCUGACCCGCUCUCUGCAGCACAGCCUCUGUGGAGACUUACUGCUCGGCCGCUGGGGGAACUACAGCACGGGUGACUGCUUCAUCCUCGCGUCAGACUACCUCAACGCUCUGGUGCACAUCAUCGAAAUCGGCAACGGCCUUGUGACCUUCCAGCUGAGGGGUCUAGAGUUCAGAGGUACCUACUGUCAGCAGAGGGAGGUAGAAGCAAUCACAGAGGGGGUGGAGGAGGAUGAAGGCUGCUGCUGCUGUGAACCAGGUCACCUGCCUCACAUGUUGUCAUUCAAUGCUGCCUUUGGACAGCGCUGGCUGGCCUGGGAGGUGGCUGCUACAAAGUACGUGCUCGAAGGCUACAGCAUCAGCGACAACAAUGCCGCCUCCAUGUUGCAAGUAUUUGACCUUCGUAAGAUCCUCAUCACAUACUACGUCAAGAGCAUCAUAUACUAUGUGAGUCGAUCCUCUAAGCUGGAAGAGUGGCUGACCAAUGAAACAAUUCAGGAGGCUUUACGACCUUGUCUCGGAUCAAACUACGUAGACAGUGACCCCACCUUCAACCUGAACAUUGACGAGGACUAUGAUCACAGAGCGUCUGGCAUCACCCCGUCCUCAUUCUGCAUGGUUUACCUGGACUGGAUUCAGUACUGCAACAGCAGGCGCCAAACACCGGUGACUUGCGAAAGAGAUUCUCCACUUGUCAACCUCUGUUUUGGCCUGUGUAUUCUGGGAAGAAGAGCCUUGGGCACAGCCUCACACAGCAUGUCAGCAAGCUUGGAACCGUUUCUCUAUGGCCUUCAUGCACUCUUCAAGGGAGACUUCCGCAUCACAUCUCCCCGUGACGAGUGGGUGUUUGCGGAUAUGGACCUGCUGAAUCGGGUCGUAGCACCAGGAGUGCGGAUGUCACUCAAACUGCACCAGGAUCACUUUACAUCUCCAGAUGAGUACGAGGAUCCUAUGGUCCUGUUUGAUGCCAUCACUGCCAAUGAGGAAAAGAUGUUGAUAUCGCACGAGGGUGACCCCGUGUGGCGAAGCGCUAUUCUAGCAAACAUGCCUUCACUCCUCGCACUGCGCCACAUCAUGGAUGACGGCAGUGACGAGUACAAGAUCAUCAUGCUUAACAAGCGAUUCCUCAGCUUCAGAGUUAUCAAGGUGAACAGAGAGUGUGUGCGUGGGUUGUGGGCAGGGCAGCAGCAGGAGCUGGUUUUCCUGCGCAACCGUAACCCCGAACGAGGAAGCAUUCAAAAUGCCAAACAAGCACUGAGGAAUAUGAUUAACUCCUCGUGCGACCAGCCCAUCGGCUACCCCAUCUACGUGUCCCCCCUCACAACCUCUUAUGCUGGGGAACACAGCCAGCUCCGCUCUGUGUGGGGAGGACCAGUCAGCCCACACAACAUUUACACCUGGCUCAUCAGCAGCUGGGACAGGUUACAGAAAGGGUGCGGGGCUGGCUGCAACAGCGGGGGGAACAUAGAAGACUCAGACUGUGGAGGCGGCUCCACCUCCAUCUCCACCAACCCAGCUGUUCACACCACCCAGAGUACACCAGCCUCCAGCCUUCCACAGCCACACAUCACCACUGUCCAGCCCUCCAUGGGCACAGACAACCCUGUUGGUCCAACCCAGAGCUGGCAUCACCACCCUCAGCCUCUCCCAUUAGCUCUGCUCAGCCAGUCAGAGGGCAGAAUGGAGGCAGGACUUCUCUCAUCCCUGCAGCGUACAUCCUCCAUCCAGGGUCUCCUGGGCCAGCAGCUGUCCAGCUCCCAGCUCUCCUUCAGCAGCUCAGUGGCUCCUCCACCUCUGCCAGGCCCGGAGCGCUUCUGCCCAGCAAGUCUCCUGGAGAACUCGGGGCACAGAGCGGGCCAGCGGGCUGGCCUUGGCCCAGGCAGCGGACUACACUAUGAGAGCCACUUUAGCAAGUGGAGUUUUUCAGGGAGGAAGGGCUUUAAUGGACCAGCUGCAACGGAGGGGGAAGGAGCACCAUUACAGACCAUACGCACACAGCCUGCUCCUCCUGCAUCGCUACAAGAGGCCAGUCUAACGCAAGAUCCUCUGGGAGCCACUCAGAUGACAGAUCCAUCCCCGGACACUCCCACUCCCAGAGAGGAAUCCACAGAGCUGCCUUUACUUGAUCACCUGCGCUGAGUCUGCACUAUUGACAGUUUCUACAGUGAAAGCACACCGCAGUCGAAUGUGGACCGGGCCUGGCGCAUCCAGUCCAGACUCAUUCCAUCAACUGUUGUUGAACUAAUUCAGCGCAGCCACAGUUUGGAAGUCCUCUGAUGGCGCUCUGAAUCAAGCGUGGAUCUGGGAAUAUACACAUCACUCUUCUUGUUAGUCAAGAGAGAGCUAAACAGCAUGCUGAGCUGAUGCACGUCAGACCAUGAAAUCAUUUUAGCCAACCUGUUUAUUCCAAAGUCAGCUUUCAUCACAACUCGUAAGACCUGAUGAUGUACUCAUUUUUAAUUUUUUUCUUUUCCUGACUGAGCACUUGCUGUCUCUACAGCCAACCAUUUGGUUGUAAAAGGUAGUGACAGGCCAGACAGGCCAGUGCAAUUAUAAGGGAUAUUUUGCUUGAGGAUUGUUUAUUUUUCUAUACUGGAGACUAGAGGACAAUCUCUAACUUGACGUCUGCAGCAGCAUUAGGUUUUUUUCUGUUUGUUUAGGGGGGCCUCAUAAUAAAUCCAAAAAAAGAAAAAGGACCAGUACAUUGCUGUACGUGCAACUAAAGGACGCGUGGAGACCACAAUAAGCCUUGUUUUUGUUUUCCCCCCACAUGUAACCAUCCUCGCCGGACAGUUGUGCAUCAAACAAUAUUUCACAUGACAUAUUGGCUAAUUUCAGGAGCCUCCACUUCUUUUCCCCUGCACAAAUACACAUAUUAUAGGAGGAAGAAGAAGAAAAUAAAACAAGAAAACAUUAUUCUUGUACUCUGGCCUGUUUUCCUGCAGAGGUGCCUGACUAUAUCAACAGUUCUGUCUCGGAGCAAGUUUCAGGGAACCCAAAAAACAAAAAAACUCCCUUCCAGCCCAGCUGACAUGUGGUGCUUUUACUGCUAGUUUACAGCGUAUUUAGGCUUGGACAUCCUGGAGUCCUGUAUCUGACUAGCAACCUGGAGAACUUCAGACAGAGCUGGUUUCCAUUAAUCAGGAUCAAACAGAGGAUGAGUCAAAUCUGUGAAAAAUUGUGUUGAUCACAAAUUCACAAACUGGGAGUGUAAGGAACUUUUUUUUUUAAAAAAUCCUCUUUUUUUUUGCUUUGGUGAGUGGAAUGUCUUCUAUUUUUUUGUUUUUUACUUGAAUCUUCACGAAUCCCUCAGUGUCGAAUGUGCACUGAGGUUGUUUUCUUUGGAUUACUGAUCACUAAUGUCCUCCCUGAUCAGAUCCAAUCAGCUCAUGGCUUUCUGAAUAGCCGGGGUUCAGGCUGCUUUGUGAGGAGAGCUGUGUUUACUAGGGAUGCACUGAUGUCUAAAAUAACAGUUUGUCUGAUACCCAUAUAUAUUUUUAGAUGCUUGUUUUUCUUUUGUUUUUUAAGUUACUUAUCCUCCUUUUGCACCAGGGAAACAAAAGACAUCGUCAUUAUGAAACUAUUUUAAGUCCUCCUCCUCCAUCAUGCUGUUGAUGUGACACUACCGACAACCAUUAGCCACUGCCACUGGUUAACCGACCAUGUGAUUGGCUGAUACAUCAGCGUAUCCCCAGUGUGCUCUUUGCCUGCAGUCUGGGCCUUUCUGUUACUAUACUACUGCUUCUGCAUCUCCUGCUACUACUACUAUAAUACCCACUACUACUGCUGUUUCUACAACAGUUAAAUCCAGCGUUUUAGUUGGAAAUAAACAAAAGCUGAAUAAAUACUGAAAGCAAAGGUGGAAUAUUUAUUUGAUUAAUAAUGUCUUACAGAUGUCUUUAACGGGGUUUGUCUAUAUGGUGUGUUGAUAUAUUGACUUGGAAAUCUGCCUUCUGUCUACCCUCCCGCCCCUCCCCUCAGUUUGUUUGGCGUCGUCACGUUUGCACCAUCUCACCAACGGCUCUUUUUGGUUAUUUUUAAGUGUGGAACAUAACUGGAAGUGUUCCUGAAGUCGCUUUAAGUUUGUUUCUUUUCCCACGCCUUUCUUUUUUUUUCUUCUUUUUUUUUUUUUACCACUGUGAAAAGCAGAAAAACUGAGUUUCAUAAAACAAAAAAUUAAAGAAAAACUUGCAGUUCUGUCAAAAAAUUUUAGCCCCAGAAGCUUCCCCGGGUCCACUGGCUUUGUCCCCGACGGUUUCCGGCUCUUCGCACUGGGUGAAGAAUUCUUAAACGACCUCGUGCCAUAGCAUGAAUCGCCAUAUGCUACUUUUUCCCUCAUAAAUGAUUUGUCAGAAGUGCUUUUUGUUUGGGGGUUUUUUUGGGGGGGGGGGUUGGUUUUUUGGGGGGGUUUUUUUCCUUCCCUGCUGGAAAGUUGAAAGGAGGCCAGUGUUCUCAGGGUGUAUACUGGGAAAGGAAUUGACUGCUUCUGCAGGAAGACUUACAAUAGAUGCUCCCUUUUAGUCCCUGUUUUUAAAAGAUGUUCUGCAUGCUGUUAAAGCCAAUUUUUUUUUCUUCGCAGUGUUUUUUUUUGUUUGUUUGGUUUUUUUUUUCCCCUCUAGCCACUUUAAGCUUUUUACAAGAUAAAGCUCAGCAGCCUCCCCCCCUUCUUUUAAUCUUUUAAUCUUAGUUUUUGGGGGUUUUUUCUCUUUUUUUUCCCAUGAAGAAACAGGUAAAAAUGUGUCAGCUUCCAUCUCAAACUGCAUUAGAAACUCCCACAACUCAGGAAAAACAGAGACUUUUCUGAUCAGUGCUGUUUUCUGUUUUUCUUUUCUCAUUUAUUUUAUUUCUAAACGACAGGGAGCUCGACUUUUGUUCAGUUUUGCUUUUUUUUUCCCUUUUAGUUGGAGUCGGGGAAGCACAAGUUGACGGACAGAUGUGAGUGUCCAAAAAAAAAAAAGGGAUUUCUUAAUCUCUGACGUUCUGUACAGCAUGUUUGGUAUAUAAAUAUAUUUAAAAUAUAAAUCUAUUUUAUUAUUGGAUUUUUUGGGGGGGGUUCUUUUACAUCAAAGACACUAUGCUGAUGUUUAGGGGAGGGACUCUCGUGUUUACCUGUAGAAAGACACCUGAGUGGAGAGAGGCGCCCUCUCCACAUCACGAUGUGCAGUUUGGGAAGAAUUGGUUCAUACUUCUUUUGCACAAAAAUGUAUCAUACACCAUCCCACUUUGUUAUAGUUUUGUUAUUUUUAGUUACUUUUGGAGGGGGGGGUCUUUUAUUUAAGAACUUUAAGUCGAUGUUAAAUGUUCUGUACAGUUCUUUUUUUAUGUGAUUUUUUUUUUUUUUCCCUCCUAUUUAAAUUAAAGGUUUUUGUCUUUGUUUGCAAAUUAA